AUGCCAUACUUGCUUCCACCUGAAUACCUCGAGUAUUUGGAUUACUUACCGGACUUGCAAAAGUGUGCCAAUGUUUUCAUAUCGUUCACUCCGCUAUUUUCAUAUGGUACAACAUGCUACGGGAUCUACACUAAAAAAACAUCACUGGGAUUUUCGAUUGAUAUAUGUGCAACCAUGUUAAUGUCUCUGAUCUUGAGAAUAUUAUACUAUACAAUAACUCCGUAUGAGAUCUCGCUAUUGAGACAGCUGAUUGUAAUGGUUUUCAUACAAAGUUUGUUGUUAAAAAUCUCUCUCAGCUAUAGACCCAAAAACUAUAAGCCGGACUUUUUAGAACCGCUUCCAUCAUUCAGAUAUGAAUUGAACUCGUCCUUGCCAAGACGUCUACUGGAAUCAUUAUACCCUACUUAUCACGAAACAUACGAGUCUAAUGGGAUAAUCGAGCUGAUAGGUAGAAUUGCAUUCGACUACUAUAUCUAUGCGAAGAUUUACUUGGUUACGAUUUUUCGAUACGCCCUCAACUUCUUUGAUGUACACUAUAAAAGGCCAAUGCUAUUUUGGCAAUGGAAUGAUGAGGGUGAUUAUUGGAAAUACAUAUUAAAGUUUGCAUCAUUUUUCGGGGUGCUAACUGCCUUAUUUCACCACAAUGAAACAUACGGUUCAUUCAUUGGUAUAUUGGGGUUGUUCAUUGAAGCAUUAUUACCAUUGCCACAAAUAUUGAUGUUGAAUAGAUUGAAAUCGAUUCGAAAUUUUAAGAUCAUGUUAUUGUUAAGUUGGCUUGGGGGUGAUUUAACAAAAAUUAGUUAUUUAGUACUUGGUACUGACAAUAUUUCAAUUAUUUUUAUCUUGGCGGCCCUCUUUCAAAUGGGUUUAGAUAUUAUCAUUGCUUUUCAAUAUUUGCAUUUUAGAAAUUACGAACAAAGCAUUUUACCCAUGGCACACUGA